AUGUCAUACUACAACCCAGAUCCUGCUGCGAUAAUUGCACAGCAGCAGGAUGAGCGUUUUGUGACCUUUCUGUCGCAAAGGGACACGUCCCUUCAGAUCCCGGUCAACUAUGUAACUUAUCCCGGCGUUGUAUUGACAGCGGCAUGUUUCGCCCAUGGCCGUUAUGAGGAGACUGCAGCGGCGAAGUGCUUCUCCAACCUUCUGGCGACUGGAUUUCGAAGGCUUGAAGCAGAUGUAUUCUGGGACGUGAGCCGCAGUGUCUGGAGUCUAUGUCCGGUCGAGCUAGGUACGGCGGAUGGACCUCUCUCGACGUCAGUCAGCGAAGCAUCGACACCUUUCCAGACGGCCACGCAGCUGGCCAGCGACCUGUUGACGAAUAAUGGAGAUGCCAAACGAGCUGCCCCGACUCCGCUGCGUGCUGUCGAGAGGCAAAACAGCGAUGUGUUGUUGGCGCCGAGCUUCAGCACAAGAAGUGCCAGCACUCCCAGUAUCACGACUACAGUGACUCUGGACGCGCCCCUCAUUCCGACUUCCUUACCCACCUACAGUCGUGCGCCGGAUCCAGUAACCAGCGAUGUUACCAUGAUCCAAGCCGGGCCGUACUCCUGCACUCUGGGCGCGGAUCUUGCGCUGCUUGUUCAGGUGCUGUCAGAACAUCUCGACAGCACCGAGACUAAUCUGAAUGCGUCUACAAACAUGCUCACACUGAACAUUCAUGCUGCUGCAUCUCCCAAUGAUCCAGCUGGAAGUGCGCAGGCACCUUCAGACGAUCAGAUGCCUGAUUCAGGGUCAUUGCUGAGCUCUGUCAUAGCGAGCAACACGUCAGUAUACAUGUAUACACCUGACGAACUCGAGUCACAGCGAUCAGAUCUGAACAACUCGAAAAGUUGGUUUGCCGUCCUGCCUGAGUACCAGCCAGCAGCCAUUUACUUUCAAGUUGAUACGAACAGAGGUCAAGUGUACACACCAAACGGCUGGCCGAGCGAAGCAUACAUCGAAAUGCAGCAAGCCAAGCGUCUUCUCGUGGGGUUCGGGGAAAUUGAUCCACAGAUGAGCGGCUACAACUUCACUGGAGACGAAGGCCUUAUUUUCUCGCAAAACUACAUCGACGAGUCACGCGUCGUCACCUUUGGAAGCAAUAACGACAUUGAGACUGGCUGCUUUUUCGACCCCAAUGUGACUUCUCUGGCCAGAACGAACAAUUCCUGGGCCCUCACAGCUCUGGGCAACGGUACGGCACCCACUGGAGCAGCCUUGACCUCAAUGCUAUUGCAAGCUCGAAACCUUACUUCUUGCGGCAUCUCGACCAUUAUCAAUGGCACCCUGAACAAUGCCACAGCGGAUGAAAACUUCGAAGCAUAUGCAGCGUUCGUGAAUGCCACUGUAUGGACCUGGGCGCCUCGUCAACCAGUGAAUAGCUCGGCUUCAAAUGAGUACUCGAACUACCGCUGUGCUGCACUGAACGCAACAUCAGGAUACUGGCAGGCCGAGGACUGCGGCAGUUCACUUUACGGCGCAUGCAGAAUAGGUGAUGAGCCCUACCGCUGGCAGAUCAGCGACGCAAACACGCCAUAUGAUCGGGUCGAUCUGGGUUGCGAAGGAAACUCCAGUUUCGACGUACCACGCACAGCACUCGAAAACACCUAUCUACUAUCCGCAUGGAGAGACUUCAGGUCCGACGACAGUGAUAAUGAUGGAGGCGCUCUACUCUGGCUGGACUUGAACGACUUGGACGUCACGUCUUGCUGGGUCAUCGGCCAAAACACGACUUGCCCGUACGAUGGCCCGCCCUCGACUAGUACUCGAGAGAUUGCGGUUCCUGUCGUUGGUGGUGUCAUCGUCUUGGUUCUGGCGGUUCUCACGGUUCUGGUGAAAUGUGCCGGAAACAGGCAGAAGUCGAAACGACGAAGGAGGAGGGGAGAUGGUGGGUGGGAUUAUGAAGGCGUGCCAUCGUGA